AUGGCGCUUCGAAACUAUGUUCAGCGGCGAAAUCACAAGGAGCGCAGUCAACCACAGCAUAGGAAGCACCUGGGUCUGCUAGAAAAGCAUAAAGAUUAUGUUCAGCGUGCGCGUGCCCAUCAUAUCAAUCGUGACAAGCUACAACGACUGCGACAGAAAGCGGCUGAUCGAAAUCAAGAUGAGUUUUACACGGGAAUGAUCGGGAAAAAGACACAGCACGGUGUACAUAUGAGCUCGCGUGGAAAUGAAGCAAUGGACAAUGAUAUUGUGGCUCUCUUGAAGACGCAAGACGCUGGUUACCUGCGUAAACAACUCAUAUCCGAACGGAAAAAGUACAAGGCUUUGGUCGAGGAUAUUGCUCCUCGUGUUCCUGGUAUGCGUCUUGCUUUUUUAGAAAAAAAGAGAGACUUGGCGGAUACCUUAAAGCGUGCUAAUCUCUUGGACGAAAAGGCAAUGGCGUCAAAGCGUCAAGAGCGAGUUCAGGGUGCAGGUACAAAGACCAAGUGGGUCGAUAAUACCGAAGAGCUACAGGCAUAUGCAUCUAAAAGCAAAUCCAAGUCAGAGAAGAGCUCAUUGACACAGUCCGACAAGAUGGGUGAAAUACAGCUAGGUAUAAAAAUUCGCGAACUAGCAUCACGCCAACAUCGUUUGAAUGCGCUGAGUGAAGCGGCCCAAAAACUAGACACUGUGCGUGCGUUGAUGCGUACCCGAGGAUCCCAUGCCGUGUCAAAGAAAAAACUGGACGAAAUGAAGGAUGCCGUGAGUAAAAAGGGUGCGCGUGUCACGGCCAACGGACUAGCGCUCGAUGAGAAUGAUGACGACGAUGACGACGACCUGCAUGAAAGAUCCAAACCUAAAUACUAUAAAUGGUCGAAUGAGCGCAAAAAGUAA